AUGCCUCAAGUAGUAGAAGAAGUAGCAAGACGAAAACUAGUCAUUGUUGGCGAUGGUGCUUGUGGCAAGACAUCACUACUAUACGUAUUCACCCUUGGUGAGUUUCCCACUGAGUACAUCCCAACUGUGUUUGAGAACUACGUGACUGAUUGCCGAAUAGAUGGAAAAGCAGUACAGCUAGCACUAUGGGAUACUGCUGGACAAGAAGAAUAUGAAAGAUUACGACCGCUUUCUUACAAUAAUUCACAUGUCGUUCUAAUCGCUUUUGCCUUAGAUACGCCCAAUUCAUUAGAGAAUGUACGAUCAAAAUGGGUACAAGAAGUGAAGAAAUAUUGUCCCAAGACGCCAUAUAUACUAUGUGGGUUGAAGAAGGAUUUGCGAAUAAAUACAAAAGAUCGUCGACGUUUUGUUCAAGCUGAUAUGGGUGAAGAAAUGGCCCGCAUAAUUGGUGCUAAGACGUAUUUGGAGAGUUCGGCAUUGACGGGUGAAGGUGUUGAUGAUAUAUUUGAAUUUGCAACCAGAUUGAGUUUACUUCAAGGGUCGAAGCUGAGUAAAGGGUGUUGCACCAUAUUGUGA